AUGCGUACAGCAGGCGCCAUACGGUCGCAAAAGAUGGCUGGUCGAACUACGAGUCGUGCAGCAAAGAAGGUGCCAAUAAGUCAUGAUUUCUUGUUACGGCAGAGAAUGUACAACAAGCUCAAACGCAUUAUUCCAGACACGGCCAAGACAACACCAUCUCACGUGCUAAAAACCAAGCUCGAGAAUGCUCAAUCUAAUCCGGACAUGGUGGCAUUGAUGUCUCAAUUCAAAUAUGACGAGAUUCUUGAUGUGGCAAAAGAAUUGGUUGCGAAGGGUCUAUUCGGUUUGGCUCAACCGCCACAUGGUGGCUAUAUCAGAGCUCGUAAAGCCGCACGAGAGGCCGCCAGUGAGCCCUCUUCAGAAGCGAAUGUGCCGGACGAGAUUCGCAGAUCUGGCUUUCGAAGGCUGGAUGAUUUUCAAUCUGCAGUCGCAGAGGCUGAAUCACCAAGCUCCACUUCCGGAAAUUCCAUUACGAGUUUUGAUCAGCUUUUGGAAAAUCAUCUAGAGACCUCGAGGGCUACAUCUGCCGCAUCCGCAGUAUUCUCUAAUUUCAAGCCAGCCGAUAUUCUCGAAACUACUCGCUCAACGAAGUCGAUUGAUGGAUUCCGUCAGGCUACAGCAGUAUCUGUGGGUGUGCGCGAUCGACGGAGAAAACCCCGAGUAUCGCUUCAAGACACCAAUGGCUACUACUUGGAGACCUACGUUGAAAAGGUCUACUCAGAAUCGAAGCCUCGCCUCAAAGGCUUUCAUUGUCAUCCUUCAGUCUCUUACCACAAGAUCGGCCACGAAUUGGGAUUCUUCCCUGGUCUUAGCAAGUUAUUGCUAGAGCAUCGGCCUCGUGAUCUGUUCAGACUUGUUCGCGAGCUCUGUAUUCGAGGCCUCUUUCUUGUCAAUUAUACGAGAUAUCCGAGUUAUCGUGAGGCUGCAGAAGAAGCUCGUAAACUAGUCCCACAAUAUGCCGAUCUGCCCCUCCGCGUGUGUGCUGUUGCCAGCCAGAUCCUAUCACCAUAUCCUUGGGAGCCCCUCAGACUUCCCUACGUGCUUGACAUUGAGCCUGUCGCCAGUCGAGCUACGGUUCCCGACUGCCAGAGAAUGAAACUGCUCCCAGCUUCGGAGGGUUCGAAUGCACCUCACAACAACGAAAGCUCGAACGUAAUGGAGACCGAGCGUAUACAGAUCCCUGCGUCCGAUCUGAAGCAGACUACGGAGCUAAAUGCUGCUGGCUCGCAGAUAUCUCAUCCUGAUAUUUCAGGUACUUCAAAGCAAGUAUUGGAACAAGGAGAGUUCUCGAACUCAGCUGCACUCGUCAAGCCAGAGGUGACUGCCUGGGAUCGAGUUGGCGAGCCCAGCAAGACUCUGAGGAUCUCAGGGUUCAGAAGGAGAGUCAACAAGAAGUCUCUUUUCGAGGAGUUCGCGAGAUUCUCUCCAAUUGAACUCGAAGUGCCGGAGCGACUUGUUGCGCUUAUCACUUUCACCGACAUCGAGGCCGCUACUAGGGCUCUCAACGCCAAACGUCGCUUUUUUUUCAAGAGUAGCGCCUUACGGUGUACGUUCACGAACCCAAUCCACACCCGUGUCGUUGCUUCCAGGCAAUUGGUCGAUGACCAUAUGCGCGAUUUGCCGUCAUUACCUGGGGACACAUGGGACGAAGAUUCUAGCCUUGGUUCCACAUCGCUGCCUUCAAAAUCUCAUCUAUCAGACCUGGUUGACACGACGAGUACCGAGGAAGAGUCGUCCAAAUCUAAUGUCGAGAGUUUCGAUGACAGACUAGAAAACAAGGAGUUCCAGGUCUCUGUAUCAGCUCCAGCGAUGUCUGAUGGUCUUGGAGCAGACGAAGGCAUAAUGUCAACUAAGAACUCUGUUUCAGAUCCGCCCAGCUCGGAUCUACGCUGGGAUACAUUGUUGGACGCUAGACCUCAAAAAAGAUUCAAACUUAGACCCCGUUGA